AUGCGGGUCAUUAUCGCUGCACGAACAUGCGAAUUUGCCAUAGACAUAGGCCUCCAAGAACCAGUUUUGGAAAUCAAACACAAGAUAGAGCAACUCCAUGGGGUUCCAGUGGCUCUACAAACCCUGUCAGUAUCCGGGUGGGAGCUCAUGGAUGGACUGGACAUGGAAGAUUACCCCAUUGUCACUGAAGGUACAAGAAUUGAUCUCAUGACCAAACAUAUAGAACACUACCCUUUAGCUCGCUGUAGUAAAAUUCAAAUCAUCAUUAAGUUCUCAGCUAGACAAAUUAGUAUAGAAGUGGACAGAACUGAAACUGUGGGAAGCCUAAAAGAGAAAAUCCAUAUAAUUGAAGGCACCCCAAUUAAAAGAAUGAUACUGUACUUUUCUGGUAUAGAGAUGGAAGAGGACUUUCGCAACUUAAGUGAGUACGGCAUACGUGAAUUUUCCGAAAUUAUUGUGUUCCUCAAGGCUCUGAAUCGCACAAGGGACCAACCUCCCGUUAGAAAGCUCAAUGUGGUGGUUCAAACUUCGUCAAGUUUGCUUAAUUCUGCUUGCAUACCAUUGGAACUGAGAGACAUGGACACGGUUCAUGACCUGAGACAACUGCUUCUGGCCCGAAAAAUUCUUCCUAGGGAUGAUUAUUUGUUCAUUCACAAACAAAGAAUUAUGCGCGAUAAUUGCAGUCUUCGAUGGCAUGGUGUUGAAGAUGGGGAUUCACUGUACGUAUUCAGAGGCACAGUGAGUCGAAAUGGAUUUUGA